AUGGCGCCCUCCAGAGUUCUCACCAAAAAGGUCCAUACCGAAAUCGCGGUCCCAGCGAGUAGCUCACCAUACCAACUUGUCCCUUCGCAAACGCUCAAAGCAUCGACAGCUCUUCUCAAGAAGAUCAACUCCGACGCUGCCGCGAAAACGUCCUCUCUAGAGAAGACAAAUCUUCUUGCAGAUGCAGACGACGGCGAGGAAGUCGACGAGGACGUUCCAGUCUGGCUGAUCUUGACCACGAAGAAGCACAUUGUCGACAAGAAGCGCCUGAAGCCAGGCAAGAUUGUCCUGCACACCCCGAUCCGCAGCGUAGACGAGGAAGGUCUGAGAAUAUGUCUCAUCACCGCCGAUCCACAGAGGCAAUAUAAGGACCUCGUCGCCGAGGCUUCAUUCCCGUUGGAUGUUGGGAAGAGAAUCGCGCGUGUGAUUGGUCUGGAGAAGCUUAAGACGAAGUACAAGAGCUACGAGUCAAAGAGACAGCUGUUCUCCGAGUACGACGUCUUUCUCGCAGACGAUCGCAUCAUCACAUACUUGCCGUCCGUGCUUGGCAAGGUCUUCUACAAGGGUGGUUCGAAGCGACCGAUACCAGUUUCGCUCGAGGGCAAGAAGCAAAACAUUCUUGAGAACGGCGAAAAGAGAAAGAAGCUCUCUGAGGGUGGCAGCAAAGUUGAAAAGAAAGACGUCAGACCUGAAGACAUCGCACAUGAGGUCACAAAAGCGCUUGGCUCUGCCCUCGUCCAUCUUGCGCCUUCGACCACGACUGCGAUCAAGGUUGGCAAAGCCAGCAUGACGCCGGAACAAGUGCAGGCUAAUAUUGAAGCCGUGGUAGCCGGUAUGGUGGAGAAAUACGUCCCGCAGCAAUGGAAGAAUGUGCGAGCUGUGCAUAUCAAGGGACCGGAAACUGCUGCUCUGCCAAUCUGGCUCGCCGAAGAGCUGUGGGCUGAUGAAGCUGAUGUGCUGGAAGAGGCACCUACGAAAGAGAACCCAGGCAAGAAGCGCAAGCGCAGCGCUUUCGCCCUCACUGAUGCCAAUGGAACCGAAUAUGUGGAGGUUCCUGGACCUGAUGGCAAGAUGCGCAAGAUUGAGAAGAAGAGCAAGGGUUCCCAAGCUGAAAUUGAGGAUGAGUCUACUCUGUCUAAGAAGUCCAAGACUGAGACCAAAGAGGAGCUUGAGGCGAAGGAGAGCGAUAAGGCCGAAAAGGCUGCCAGGAAGGAGGCAUUGAAGAGGCAGAAGGCUGCUGCGUCGGAGAAGAUGAAAGUCGCCGUCAACGGAGAUUUGAAGAAGAGCAAGAAGGUAAAGUCGAAAGUGUAAUUUGUUACGGAGCUCGCUCACAAUCUGCGGUCGAAUCUGUCUUCUGACACAUGCACCGCACAAGAUUAUCGUGGGAGCGAAGCACAUUUGGGUGGUAAGAGGCUCUGUAUAGCACUUUUGGACUUCUGCAUUUGGCAGGAUGAAAAGCAAGGUCCGCAAGACCCCUCAAGCAUGGCUUGGCUUUGGGCAUCGCAGUUUUGCGUGCCUUAAUAUCUCUCCUCGCGACCUUCCUACUGCCGGGUACAUGUCGUCGGUCAAUCCGCUGCGCUGCAACGGAUGUUAGACGUGUCUGUCCAUUCUGGUGAGUUCGUUCUGGUUGGAGGAGAAAGCAGUUAUAGGCAGACUCUGCUGUGUUCGGACGCGUGCAG